CGUGACGCAAAUAUGGCGCUACGGUGUUUGGAGCGCGUUUUAGCUCGGUUGCUGAGAAUCGCCGUGGCGGUUCUGACUGCUAUCCAUGGGUCACUUACAUCCCGAAGAAGCGGGACGUCGGUCAGAUUGCCGCCGAUCACCAACCCGUUGCUAUUGCUAUCUGGUGUGCAGCUGGCGCGGAAGAUCCGCCGCCGGGAGGUGACUAGUGUGGAGGUGGUGCAGGCCUACAUUGACCGGAUCCAGGAGAUCAACCCCAUCAUCAAUGGAGUUGCCAAGCAUAGGUUCUCAGAAGCUCUUCAGGAGGCUGCCCAGGUAGAUACAUUUCUGGACGAGGAGAAAUCUGAGGAGCAGGACCUAGAGGCCCGGCUUCCCUUCUUGGGCGUUCCUUUCACUGCCAAAGAGGCUUUUGCUCUCCGAGGUAUGCCCAACUCCACGGGACUGAUUUCCCGCAGGGAUGUCGUUUCCGAGCGAGACGCCAACUCCUUGGCCCAGUUAAAGAGGGCUGGGGCCAUUCCUCUGGCUGUGACCAACUGCAGCGAGCUCUGCAUGUGGUUAGAGUCCUACAAUCGACUGUAUGGUGUUACCAGCAACCCCUAUGACACUAGCAGGAUCCCUGGGGGAAGUUCUGGUGGAGAGGGCAGCAUUCUGGCCAGUGGGGGCUCCAUCAUUGGCGUGGGCUCUGACAUCGGUGGCAGCAUCCGCAUUCCCGCCUUCUUUAAUGGCAUUUUUGGCCACAAGCCUACCUCAGGAGUGGUGUCAAAUGAGGGACAGUACCCCCCUAGGUCUGGCCUGCAGGAGGACUUCCUCACUACGGGACCCAUGUGUCGCUACGCUAUGGAUCUGUUGCCUGUGCUGCGCAUCAUGGCUGGAGCCAAUGCUGACAAGCUGUCAUUGACAUCAGAGGUGGACCUCAAGAAACUCCGCUACUUCUCUGUCCCUCACUGUGGAGGCUCCCCUUUGGUGUCACCAGUCGACAAGCAGCUUAUUCAAGCCCAGAGAAAGGUGGUAGAGACUCUGGAAACUGAUCUGGGGGUUAGAGUUCAAGAGCUGCAUAUUCCUCAGUUCAAAUGCUCAACCCAGAUUUGGGGGGCCUUCAUGGCUUCUCCGGGCAGAGAUGGAAAGCCAGCCAGAAGCUUUGCAGACCUGAUGGGGACUGAGCAGCGGAAGGUGUGGCCUUUGUGGGAGCUGGCCAAGUGGGUGGUGGGACAGUCAUCUCACACCUUCCCGGCCAUUGGACUGGCCAUAGUGGAGAUGGCUCAGAGUUCACUCCCCUCCAAGUUCAUUGUGCAGCAGAAGGAGCAGCUUCAUAACCAGCUGGAAAAUCUGCUGGGAACAGAUGGGAUCCUGCUGUAUCCCUCUCACCCCCACGUCGCCCCCAAGAAACACCUGCCCCUUCUAACUCCUUUCAAUUUCUCCUAUACCGGUACGCCUGCAGAGCAAAUGCACAUCACAGGACCUUCAUAGGUAGCAUACAAGUAAGGGUCAGAGAGCACGCUCAGCCAGGGUCCUAGGAGCAGAGAGGGUUAAGGGCUUUGCUCAAAGAUCUAACAGUGACAUCAUCGUGCCGACAGCAGGAUUUCAAUCAGCCAAACCCUUUCAGUAGUAUAUGUAAUGAACUGGCACAG